AUGGCCCGCAUUGUGCGCAAAGAGGUAGAGGAGUCUAGCACCCCGCUGGCUAGAAACUUGGUCGACCUCAACGACGAUGUGCUUCUGAUCAUUUUCGAGUAUCUGAAUCAUGAGGAUAGACUGAAAGUCUCGACUCUGUGCCAGCGUCUCCGAGUAGCCCUUCUCCCCCGAAUAUUUCGCGCUGUGGGAUGGGCAUCUGUCGCUUCCGACUUCCCCCCGCGUGAACUUUGGUCAUUCGUACAAAUCUUCUCAGUUUCCGGCUACGAGAUUCCUGAAUUUACACCACCAAUUCGCCAAGAUAUUGUGGCUCAAAUUCGCGCAGCCUUUGCUGGAAUGAAACGUCUAACGACAGUAAUUAUCGACGACAUCAAAGGUGGUUUGUGGCCCGAGCUAUUGGACGCGUUUUCGAUGUUGCCCUCUGCAUGCUAUCUAGAACUGGGGUCUCACUGGGAGCCGAGGCAGGAAGACGAAGCAUAUACUGUGUUGAGACCAAGAAGAAGAUCCAUCCCUCUGGCCAGCUUCAGAUUUCCGUUCCCAUUUGUCUAUGCCACUGUGCAAGAUGCUGAACAGGCGGCUCGGCGACGACCUCCAGGUUUGGAUCAUGAAAUACACAACAUCCGUACCAUACUCGCCACAGCCGCCGAAACACUAUCUUUCGUCUACCUCCCAGGCGAAAUUUUUCCCGCCAUGCAUGGCUCGACCUGGAGCGCUCUUACCGAGCUAUUUCUCGAGGGCUUGUGGCCUGUUGAGAAGACAUCGGGUCCGAUAGUGAAAGCCCCAAGUAUUCCUCCUCGAGAACCAUUUUCUCAACCCAGGCCAAGGCAGCCAGCGGAGCCAGCUGAUGAACAUCCCUCCGUUCAUGAGGACGAGUCGGAAGCAGCUGCUCUGGCCGAAAUCACACUACCUGUGUCAACAUUGGUUUCUCCAACAACCGUCGACGAAAAUAUUCCGAAGGUUGAGGCGUUUAUUCUACCAUCAAAGGGCAGCAAGACCACAGAAGGGGAGGUGGUUUCUGAAUCAUCGACGGCGGCAUUACCAGACGAUCUGAUCCCCGUGUCUGGCGAAGGGAAUGGGCUUUCUGUUACAACCGCAUCUAAAACUACAAUCAAUGAAAGCCCUCCAAGUCCAUCCUCCUCAUCGCUUUCGACAACACCACGACCCGUGGAGUCACUCGGGGUCCACCCCGAUUCCUCCGCCACAUCGACUCUAUCUUCUUCUGAACACUCGCCACUCUUGUCAAUCUUUGAAGCGAUGCCGCAUCUCCGCAUUGUAAAAAUGCACCUGGUCCACCAAAUGGAGGACCCUAAACCUAUGGGCGGAGUAAUAUGUGCUUCAGAUGUCUUGCCGAAGUCCCCGACCACUUUCCUUCGCCAUCUCACGCAAUUCCAAGUCACCUCACUGUCUCCAAACGACCGCACACUGGAAUUUCUGCCAGCCUCAUUGGAUUUCCUCUCGUUUUCGCGCCAUCCAUACAUGUUGCCUUGGGGAACAUUCCGAGCCCAGACUCCUUCAAGUGUGUUGACGCUGCUCAAACGUGCAGCAUUUCCGUGUCUGACGACUCUCAAGAUAUGGUAUAUGAUCGACUCAUUGAGUGAUAUCGAGUUUGUCGCCAAUGGCAAAAGUCUGGCCACUGAACUCAAAGGACGGUGGGACCCAGCUCCUGUCGCGAAAAGACUGGUUUCGCGUCUCAAGGACCUUCGAGCAUUUUAUUUCGACUCUUCCCCUCCGGAACGUCAGGGGAAAAGGCCAUAUACGUUCAUCGACAAAGAAAUCGGCGAAUAUCUGAUCCGCCUGCAGGAUAUGGCAGAAGACAUCGUCAGCUCGGCACCGUGGCUCCAACAAAUUGCGAUGAACACUGAGCGGGGCAGCAACCCGGAGUACUACUGGAGAAUCUGGAAUGUCGUCCGUGAUGUUGACGGGAAAAUCACGCUAGAAGAUCCUCCCCCAGACAUACUCUACAACUACUUUGACUGA